AUGAAUCGCCAAAAAUCUAAUGGCGGUCGUGGUGGGCGUGGUGGGCGCGGCGGCUCGCGCCCCUCCCACCCACGCGUGCCCCCCUCAAGGUCCAUCAACCCUGGCACGGUCGUCAACAUCGUCCUCAAGGCCGACCAGCCCACAGGGCGUACAGUUUCAGGUGCAGUUAGCGAAUUGCUUACGCGCGGAGAUCACCCCCGAGGCGUCAAAGUGCGUCUCACUGAUGGGCGCGUCGGAAGGGUGCAGAGCCUGCAGAGUGGCGAGGAGCCAUCGGGCCCGAAACAAGAAGAAAUUGAUAGAGAGCCGGGAAGCAUCCAAGAGGCCGAGGGUGGAAUGCAAUUAAGGACAGAGGGAGGCGAUGCAAGUGGGAGACGCAAUCGGUUUGGUGCGCGUGAUAUGCGUCUUGAUGGCCCCGAAGAGCCUUCGUCAGAACCGUUGGGGCUGGAUAUGUAUAUUCGUCCCGCUAAAGGAAAGAAACGUGGUGGUAAAACACAGGGGCAGAAGAAUGUCGACGAGAGGCAUGAUGGCGCCGUUACAGAUGCAAGUGCUGCUACUCAAACAACAGCGGCGGUCGUGUCAUGUCCUAUUUGCAACACAUUUGAGGGCGAUGAGGCUGCCGUGGCGCAUCAUGUUGCAGGACAUUUUGGGGAGUGA